AUGGCUAAGGCUUGUAAAGCUGUAUUCAAAUCACCAUAUGUAUAUAAUGAUUAUAUUCAUUUAAGAAAGAUACUUGAACAAGUUACUGAAGCAUUAUUAAAGACUUUGAGAUACUUGUUGGAUGGUGGAUUAGAUAUAAAAUAUGGUAAAGUUAAUGAUUUAUUCACCAAUAUUGCACGUGAUGCAAACUUGCAUAAAUUAUUGGAUGGUUGGUAUAUCAGAACUACUUUAUUACGAAUUGAUAUUAAAGAAGGAAAUGCCACUGAAAAUAAUUCUGAUUUGAAAAUUUCAUCUAUUCAUCUUGACUUUCAAAAUAUUCAAGUACGCGGAUUAUGA